AUGUAUCACUCUUUCCUCUUCACUAUUCAUAUAUCCCAGCCCAGUGUGUUGGCCUAUGCAGUGCACUGUCAGACUGACUCCCAGGGUCGACCUCUGGCUGGUGUGGUGGUAAUCUGUAGGGACAGACUGACUGGGGAGGGAUACAGCCACCAAGGCACUGUGCAGACAGUGAUCCAUGAGUUGUUCCAUGCAUUGGGUUUCUCCAAAGAACUCUUCAGCACCUGGAGAGACUGCUCCUACUCACAACCUGGGAUGGGCUGCCCCCCCCGGGGUCAGGUGACUAACACAGAUGAGACGGGUCAGGUGAGGAUCUACACCCAAUCAGUGAUCAGAGCCCUGCAGGACCACCUGUUAUCUACUGACCCUGAGCUGGGAGGACCACUGGAGAACCUGGAUGUUGGUUCUAGUGGUCUGUCCUCUCACUGGGAGUCCAGGGUGCUACAGGGCUCCAUCAUGGCUGCAGCCCUGGGGGACCCAGCUGUGGUGCGUGUCGACCCGGUCACUCUGGCCGCCCUACAGGAUACGGGCUGGUACUCUGUCAACCACAGCCGAGCACAGAGCCUGGUGUGGGGAAAGGGUGAGGGAGCAAUGUUUGGCUUGCUGUCCACCUGCCAUGACAACUCCUCCUUAUUUUUCUGCAUGGGCAGUGGUUUAGGGUGUCAUUAUCUUCACCACCACAAGGGGGUGUGUCAGACUGACCCUCACCUGGAUGGGUGCCGCAUUUAUAAACCUCUAAUGAGUGAGUGCUGGAAAGAGGAGAAUGAGAGAGGGACUGAAACAGAGUGGAGUGGAGAGUUGUACCGUAUAGACAGCCGAUGCUUCUUCUCUAACCUGAGCAGAGAGAAUGUCUCCCUGUCUGUCAGUGACUCUGUGGUGGGGCGUUGUUAUAGACGCAGGUGUACUGGGCUGAACAGAUAUCAGAUACAGGUGUCUGGCUCUGACUGGAUGGACUGCCCAGUAGGAAGCGCCAUUGAGGUGACAGGAUACAGGGGGUUAGUUGCAUGUCCUGACAAGAGGUUGUGUUAUUACCCUGACAUUGGUCUCUCCAUCAACAACCAGGCCCCCCACUCUCCAGCUGCAUCUACUAAAGGCACAGUGACUACUGAGAACGAUCCCCUGUUACAUCAGAACACAACCCCUGACCUGAGCCUGACCUUUGACCCUGCCCCUACCUGUGCAGUACCAGGGGUCAGUACAGACCCCACGUUGGCUGCAGUCCUGGGGGUCAGUGCUGCUGUCUGUCUCUUAGCUGCCCUGAUGGUGAUCUACAGGAGGUACCGCUCCUCCAGAGUCAGGGUUCAUGUUGCCCCUGAGGCCCCCAGUGUUCUGCAGUUGCACUCGACCCAAAAUGAUUCAAAUGACUGCUGA